UUUGCCGUUUAAUCAUUCAUUGACUUAUUGUAAACCCUUAAAAUUGUCAAGAUACAUCUGAAAGGCACUGCGAGUAAAAAAAAGCCUGUGAAGAUUGAAAAAAAGGACACAUACUGAUUACAUAACUAAUCUUUCAUUUCUCGAAUAAAGAAAAUGAGAUAAUUUGAUAAUUAAUCGUCACAGACAAAACAAAUAUUUAGGUGUAAAGUAACGUAUUCAAGUCUCAAGCUUGCAUGGCUUGCAUCGACCGACAGAAUUGAAUGACAUGAUUGAAAAUAAUUUUAUUCUCAGAAUCACCUGAUACUCUAUAAAUUUCUCCGAAAUAAACAGAUAAAAUGCUAUAUUAGAGUAUCGAUCGUAUGAGAGUAUUGUUGGCAUGAAAGAACGAGCUAGAUGAACGCAUUUUACAGGAGUGGAAACAAUCGUGUUUCGGUGAAUGAGAAAUUGCAUCACGGUAUGCAUCAUAUGCCAGAUGUAGUACGUCUAUGUUCAUAAGAUGUGGACAUUUUCGAUGGCCAAUUUCGUCAGGAGCGCCGUGUGUCCCGUCACAAUCGCAGAACCCUCGGGGCUGAAUCACAAGCUCGACCGAGCAGACGGCAGUGGAGAUUCGCGCGCGACGAUCCAGUAGGAAAUGGCCGCCGUUUUAAGGAGAAAAUUUCGAGCCGUGCCGAACACGUUUGCCGGCAACAGGAAUCUGCCGUUGCUCGUCGCCGCACGAUCCUUGACAAGAUCAUCAGUCCAAAGAGACAUCAGUGAGGGAUGGAUAAGCAAGCUCUUGGUGAGGAAAAUCGAGCCUACGAAAGAGUCGCACUCACGAAUGCUCUCCGAUAAGGAGGUCAUUUACGCGCUGCAUACUCAUAACAUUCGGCCAGACUCGAUUGACAAAUAUUUGGCCAACUACGAGGAAAAUGUCAAUCUUAUACAUUCAAAAAAAUCAGAAUUAAAUUGUGAAUUAGUUGGCUCAUGGACAGUAGAAGUGGGAGAUUUGGAUCAGGCCAUACAUUUAUGGCAAUACACAGGUGGAUUUGAACGUAUAGAUUAUGCGCAAACUGUGUUUUCCAAAGAUGAGGCUUACCAGCGACUACUCAAGGAAAGAGGGAAUUACUUAAGAUCACGUCAUUUGCAGUAUCUGUUGGCGUUCAGUUACUGGCCACCGUUGGAGAAACGAAAAGGCUCAAACAAAUAUGAAAUACGCAGUUAUAGUUUAAAACCAGGUACAAUGAUAGAAUGGGGAAACAAUUGGGCCAAAGCUAUUAAUUAUAGACGCAACAAUGAUGAACCAUUUGCUGGUUACUUUUCGCAAAUUGGUAGACUGUACAAUGUUCACCAUAUUUGGUGUUAUAAGGAUCUUCAAUCACGUAAGGAAACACGCGAAAGUGCGUGGAGAUCACCAGGUUGGGAUGAAUGUGUCGCUUAUACCGUACCGUUAAUAAGGGAAAUGCAUUCGCGUAUAUUAAGUCCGACUUCGUUUUCGCCUACAAAAUAAGGUUUUAUGUGUACGGAUGAAAAUGCAUUUGUAUAUUACUGGUAUAUAUGCAUACGUAUGUGUACAUACGCACACGCAUAUCGUGUGCACACUAAGUGUGUGCGUGUGUGCGCGAAUAUUGUAAUAUUGUAAAAAUAUUUGUUAUAUGUAUACACUGUAGAUUUAACUGUAUAAACUGUACGCGCAAUAUGAGAAGAGUUACAAGUCUUUGUUGUAUUACAACUGGCAGGAUGUAGUUUGUUACUAUUUGAUUAUACGCGUUGCAGUGUAUAUACUUUAUGUUUUUUAUCAAUGUGUCAGUUGAAGCACAACAUAUAUAUGUAUAGAAGAAUAUAAAGAAAUCUUUAUACUU